AUGGAGCACCAUGAGGCCGAUGAUGCCUCGCCAUUUGAGCAUCACAGCGAUCACCACAAUGAAGACGAAGAAUAUAGUCAGAGACUGGAUAGUCAGCCAGUCCACAAGCUCAACACCCAUGAUUUCACCAGCGUGGAGACCCUGCAUGUCCCCGAAGCCAACAUCCAGAGCUCCAAGAGUUCCGAGACACUGAACGUCGCCAAUGCCGAUACUUCCAUACCUCCCAAGAAAGCUCCCGAGUGGAGCAUGACGCCGCAAGUCAUUCGAAACGCAGAACGUGACGAAGCAGCCGGAUUCAAAAGACGCGAGCUGGGCAUUACAUGGCAAAAUCUGACGGUCGAUGUCCUUGCCGCCGAAGCCGCCGUCAACGAAAACAUGAUCUCGCAGUUCAACAUCCCCCAAUUGAUCAAAGAUUUCCGUCGAAAGCCGCCCCUCAAAUCGAUCUUAUCAGACAGUCAUGGAUGCGUCAAGCCUGGAGAAAUGUUGCUCGUGCUAGGCCGACCUGGUUCGGGAUGUACCACGCUUCUGAAGAUGCUAUCAAACCGGCGUUCUGGAUAUCACACCGUGAAAGGCGACGUCCGUUUCGGAAACAUGACCCCGGAACAAGCCGACGACUACAAUGGCCAGAUUGUGAUGAACACCGAAGAAGAGCUGUUUUACCCUCGCCUAACAGUCGGCCAGACAAUGGACUUUGCCACCAGACUCAAGGUCCCGUUCCAUCUCCCGGAAGGUGUCCAAAGUGCCGCUGAGUACACAGCUGAGAUGAAGCAGUUCCUUCUGCAGUCAAUGGGAAUCACUCAUACGGCUGAUACAAAGGUCGGAAAUGAGUUCGUCCGCGGUGUGUCUGGUGGCGAGCGGAAGCGAGUUUCUAUCAUUGAAUGCCUCGCCACUAGGGGUUCUGUCUACUCCUGGGAUAACAGCACCCGUGGUCUAGAUGCCAGUACUGCAUUGGAGUGGGCGAAGGCUCUUCGUGCUAUGACCGAUGUGCUGGGUCUUUCCACUAUUGUGACCCUAUAUCAAGCGGGGAAUGGAAUCUACAACCUCUUUGACAAAGUCCUUGUCCUCGAUGAGGGAAAGCAGAUCUACUAUGGUCCUGCAGCUGCGGCGAAGCCGUUCAUGGAAGAUCUAGGCUUUGUGUAUACUGACGGAGCAAACGUCGGCGACUUCCUUACCGGUCUGACUGUUCCGACGGAGCGAAAAAUCAGACCAGGCUACGAAAACACGUUCCCUAGAAAUGCAGACGACAUUCUGGGAGCGUACAGAAAGUCCAAUAUCUACGAACAGAUGGUAUCGACGUACAAUUAUCCUGACUCCGAGAUCAGCCGCGAGAGGACAGAUGCCUUCAAGGAGUCUGUCGCGUGGGAAAAGUCCGGCCACCUGCCCAAGGGUAGUAGUCUCACAACCAGCUUCUGGGCUCAGCUUGUCGCAUGCACCAAGCGACAGUAUCAGAUUCUGUGGGGUGAGAAGUCAACGUUCAUUAUCAAACAGGUUCUAUCGUGCGUCAUGGCAUUGAUCGCAGGUUCUUGCUUCUACGACUCGCCAGAUACCUCCGAAGGCCUCUUUACCAAGGGCGGUGCCGUCUUCUUCGCGCUGCUGUACAAUUGCAUUGUGGCCAUGUCUGAGGUCACUGAGUCUUUCAAGGGCCGUCCGACGUUGAUCAAGCAUAAGGGCUUUGCUAUGUACCACCCAGCUGCAUUUUCGUUGGCUCAGAUCACCGCGGAUUUCCCGGUCCUGUUGUUCCAGUGCACUAUCUUCUCCGUUGUGAUCUACUGGAUGUCGGGGUUGAAGCACACUGCCGCUGCUUUCUUUACCUUCUGGAUUAUCCUGUUUUCGACAAUUCUGUGCAUUACCGCGCUAUUCAGAUUUAUUGGAUCCGCAUUUAGCACGUUUGAGGCCGCGUCGAAGAUCUCAGGUACCGCAGUCAAAGGCAUUGUCAUGUACGCUGGCUAUAUGAUCCCGAAGCCUCACAUGAAGAACUGGUUCCUCGAGCUGUACUACACGAAUCCCUUUGCCUAUGCAUUCCAGGCUGCCUUGUCCAACGAGUUUCACGACCGGACCUUCCCUUGUGUGGGUAAAAAUCUGGUCCCGAGUGGGCCUGGCUAUGAGAACAUUGCAGCAGAGAAUCAAGCGUGUACAGGCGUUGCUGGUGCUUUGCCGGGAGCGAACUAUGUCACCGGCGAUCAGUAUCUUGCAUCACUUCACUACAAACAUUCACAGCUGUGGCGAAACUUCGGUGUCGUCUGGGCCUUCUGGGGACUCUUCGCCGUUCUAACGAUCAUUUUCACAUCUCGCUGGAAAGAAGGUGCGGGCUCGGGCGCUUCCCUUCUCAUUCCGCGUGAGAAACUCAAGAAGCACCAAGCCGCCAUUGAUGAAGAGGCCCAGCACAAUGAAAAGAUCACUGCCCGUCAGACUACCGAUGAGCCGGUCGAAGUGGAAGAUGACAACCUUUCCCGAAAUACCUCUAUCUUUACCUGGAGAAACCUCACUUAUACAGUCGCAACCCCCACGGGUGAUCGAGUGCUUCUGGAUAACAUUCACGGAUGGGUCAAGCCCGGCAUGCUCGGCGCUCUUAUGGGCUCUUCGGGUGCAGGAAAAACAACGCUCCUUGACGUGCUUGCUCAGCGCAAGACUGACGGUACUAUCAAAGGCUCUAUCUUGGUAGACGGCCGCGAGCUUCCGGUGUCCUUCCAGAGAAUGGCAGGGUACUGCGAGCAACUCGAUGUUCACGAGCCAUUUGCAACUGUGAGAGAAGCUCUGGAAUUCUCUGCCCUUCUUCGCCAAUCUCGUAACACUCCCAAGGAAGAGAAACUUAGAUACGUUGACACUAUCAUCGAUCUUCUCGAGCUACAUGACCUGGCAGACACUCUUAUCGGGUCUGUUGGCAAUGGACUCAGCGUUGAGCAGAGAAAGCGUGUUACUAUUGGCGUGGAGCUGGUCUCUAAGCCCAGCAUCCUGAUCUUCUUGGAUGAACCCACGUCUGGUCUGGAUGGACAGUCGGCCUAUAAUACAGUCCGUUUCCUUCGCAAACUGGCCGAUGUCGGCCAAGCUGUUUUGGUCACUAUCCAUCAGCCCUCGGCGCAGUUGUUCGCGCAGUUCGACACCCUCCUUCUUCUCGCAAAGGGCGGAAAGACAGUCUACUUUGGAGACAUCGGUGAAAACGCAGCCAGUGUCAAGCAAUACUUCGCCCAGUAUGGAGCUGACUGCCCUACCCAAGCUAACCCAGCCGAGUUCAUGAUCGACGUGGUCACUGGUGGUAUCGAGGCUGUCAAGGACAAGGACUGGCAUCAAAUUUGGCUCGACUCGCCCGAGCAAUCUCGCAUGAUCAAAGAACUGGACGGAAUGAUUCAAGACGCCGCUGCCAAACCCCCAGGCACAGUCGACGACGGAUUCGAAUUCUCUAUGCCCCUUUGGGAACAGACCAAAAUCGUCACUCAGCGGAUGAACGUCGCACUUUUCCGAAACACAAACUACAUCAACAACAAAUUCUCUCUCCACAUUAUCUCCGCCGCUCUCAACGGGUUCUCAUUCUGGCGCCCUGGUCCAAGUGUGUCAGCCCUGAACUUGAAAAUGUUCACAAUCUUCAACUUCGUCUUCGUCGCCCCAGGCGUCAUCAACCAGCUUCAGCCUCUCUUCAUCCAGCGCCGCGACAUCUACGACGCCCGCGAGAAGAAGUCCAAAAUGUAUUCGUGGGUUGCCUUCGUCACUGGACUCAUUGUCUCCGAAUUCCCAUACCUCUGCAUCUGCGCAGUCCUCUACUUCGCCUGCUGGUACUACCCCGUCUGGAGACUGCCCCAUGACUCGAACCGCUCUGGCGCUACCUUCUUCAUGAUGCUGAUCUACGAGCUUAUCUACACCGGCAUUGGCCAGUUCAUCGCCGCUUACUCGCCCAAUGCGACAUUCGCUGCGCUCGUCAAUCCCUUGAUCAUCAGCAUCCUUGUCAUCUUCUGCGGUGUCUUCGUCCCCUACGUACAGCUCAAUGUGUUCUGGAAGUACUGGAUGUACUAUCUUAAUCCGUUCAACUAUGUUGUUUCGGGUAUGUUGACUUUCGGCAUCUGGGGUGCUAAGGUCACUUGCAACGAGGAGGAAUUUGCUUUCUUCGAGCCUGCUAAUGGCACAUGUGCUGAGUAUCUGUCGGAUUACAUGGCUGGUGCUGGUUCGGCUAUCAAUCUGAUAAACCCUGAUGCUACCUCGUCUUGCAAGGUGUGUCAGUAUCGGAGUGGAACUGAUUUCUUGAAUACUCUCAAUAUUCCGAACUACACUGUUGGAUGGAGGGAUAUCGGUAUCUCGGUCAUCUUCGCUAUCAGUGGCUAUGCCUUGGUCUUUGGUCUGAUGAAGAUGAGGACCAAGGCUUCGAAGAAGGCGGAAUAA